AAGUAAAAAUAAAAUAAAAUAAUGGAAAGAUAUUUCCAGGUUUUAGUUUAAACGGCGACGGAGUUGGAGGAAUCAGUCUGGAUUUGUUUAUUGACUUAAAAGUUGGCGCUAAUGGUCUCUUCUUCUUUCAUUUAAUGGAUUCUCGAAGAUGAUUGAGUAUUGAGAGAAAAGGGACUCCCCUUCUUUGUGUAGAAUUAAGGAAAGCUAUUGACGUUAUUGACUUCUUGUUGAUAGAAGUAUGGUGUUAGUUUUAGCAAUAGGAGACCUUCAUAUUCCUCACAGGGCACCUGAUCUGCCUCCAAAGUUCAAGUCCAUGCUUGUCCCUGGCAAGAUUCAGCACAUUAUUUGCACUGGCAAUCUCUGUAUCAAAGAAGUUCAUGAUUACUUCAAGACUCUGUGUCCUGAUCUGCAUAUUACUCGAGGUGAAUACGAUGAAGAUUCCCGUUAUCCAGAGAACAAAACACUGACAAUUGGUCAAUUCAAGCUUGGGAUAUGCCAUGGGCAUCAGGUCAUUCCAUGGGGGGAUUUGGAUUCAUUAGCAAUGGUACAAAGGCAAUUGGACGUGGAUAUCCUUGUAACUGGUCACACUCAUCAGUUCAAAGCAUACAAGCAUGAGGGUGGCGUCGUCAUAAAUCCAGGCUCGGCCACUGGUGCAUAUAGUAGUUUCACCUACGAUGUUAACCCGAGCUUUGUGCUUAUGGACAUCGAUGGCUUGCGUGUUGUGGUAUAUGUGUAUGAACUCAUCGAUGGUGAAGUUAAGGUCGACAAAAUCGAUUUUAAGAAGACAGCCACUGCUCCUUCUGCACAUUAAACCAAUUCUUGUUGUUGGAUCUUGCUCUGUUGAGCUAUUUGAGCCAAAUGUGAAUUCAAUUAAUUAAUCUGCUUUAGAAGCAAGACUUGUAAUUUGGAAUCUGUCCGUUAAGGAAUAAUUAUUUUGAUGGUUGAUUUUAUUACUAA